GGGAAAGCUUAAACUAACAAACUCAAUGUCUGGGCGCUCUUGUCGAGUAUCUCAGACUAUGUCAUGUUAUUUGAAGAUGAUUUAGUGGAACCAGUUGGAUGAUUGUAUGGACUGUAGGCUACAAUGCUGUUUUCUCAGAGAAAAAAACUGAAGGUGACGCUGCUGCAUCUCUUCGUACUCUGCUCAGCCCAGCAUUCAGCCCAACCUGAGACUCGGCAGGUGAAUGGAAUUGUGGGAACGUUUUUCUAUUUUCCAGAAAGGGUGUUGAACUCUGGCAAUUUACUUAAUCAAGACCUUGGCAGUAUUGCACAGGUGCACCCUGGUAAACAAAGUAAUACCAACCUUGAGAAGAGAUUUAAAAACCGCCUUCACUGGAACAAUGUUACUGGAGUCUUCACUUUGUCAGACCUACAAAUAGAUGAUUCUGGGGUUUAUACUGUGGAGAAUACAGAUGAAGGGAAGACAAAACAUACAUUUCAGCUGACUGUGUACUAUGUUCUGUCCAAACCUCAGGUCACGGUCCAUGAUAACAUCUCCUGUAGCGUGGUGUGUUCUAUGGAGAACGGGAGAGAGGUGACCCUGUCCUGGUACAAAGGAGGGGAGAUACUCAACCAGACCAGCAGCCCUGACCACAACAUCACCCUCUCUAUACCUCUCAAGGUGGAUGAACAGAACAGAGACUCUUACAGAUGUGAGGCUACCAACCCAGUCAGCAAGGAGACAGCCGUUGUUCCACAUUCCUGUAUAGAGAGUGAUCCCUUUAAGGUGACAGAUGGUGAUGAGAGGACUCGAGAUUGUCUUAUUAUUGCUAUAAUCUGUGUUUUGGUGGCUUCAGGACUUGUUGGACUUGCAAUAUAUCUGAAGAAGAGGAGAAACGGGCACUCACAUGCAGAUUCACCUGAAAGAGAGCAAGUUGACGUUCAGUGUGCAGAGAUAACUCACAUUAAACCAGCAGAAAACCAGGAGGAACGAAGAUGUAUGCCAGAACUGGAGUCACUUAGAGACAACCCUGACCUGACAUUAGUUUAUUAUAGACUCCAGUAACAUCGCAUGGCUGCCAGCGAGGAUGUUAACACUGCAUGAAGGUUGAGAGAGAACAAGAAGUUAAUGAGAGGGUGACAUGAUAAUCCACAUCCAAGUGGACUUUGAGACAAGAUUAUAGUAAAUAUUCAUCUAGAACACUUUUGUACAGUUGUUCCUGGAUAAAAUUCCCAUUUAACAAUUGUGCUGUUAUCAUUUCAAACCUCCUUUGUUGGUCAUUCUCAGUCUCUUGUUGAAUUGGGGCCUCGAUGAGAUUCACUGAUGCAGACAAAUUAAAUAACUAUACCUAGG